AUGUCCUCGUCCUCUAGGAGAAAUGACCUCGUCCACACUGAUCUUGAGCGAAAUCGGGAGAAAUUCACCAUUCAGAAAUCAAAGGAGGAAAAGGCAAGGUAGGAAUGAUCAUUUUUAUUUAUUUCUCGAUUUAGAUUUCAACAACAAUAUGGCCCAGAAGCUCGAAAUCAUGCAGAAGCCAUUGCUCAGAUCCUCGGCCAAAAUACCGUCGGCCCUUCUCGAUGCUCCUCGUCGACUUCGACCGCUAUGAGUGUCAUUAUGAUGGAGAAGGACACCAGGAACAGCAACAACCCCAACGUCCACUUGUUCAAUUAUGAGGUGAGUGAAGUUACGAGUUAUUUUUUUUCGUUUAGGAACACAACAACGACAUCUUGGAUGUUGUGUCCACACCACAAGAACGACAAGAAGCUCGUGACAGACGAUUUGGAGCCGCAGGUCGCAUGGCCUCCUCUUCUAGUACGGAUCAUCUCGUCCACACCGAUGUUGCAGAAAAUCUGGAGAAGUUCAAUCGUUCAAAAAUCAAUGACCAAGGUAGGACAACAGUUAUCAUGUUUAUUUCUUUCUUUCGGUUUAGAUUUGAACAACAACAUGGCCGAAAACCUCGAAAUCCUGAAGAAGCAGAUGCCAUCGGCCAUCAAAUCAUCAGUCUCCUCCUCAUCGACCUGGACCGACAGCCAAUGCCCGGGAACGGUGCGCACAGCGCGCACCCCAACCACUCGAACGUCCUCCCCCCACCCGUAA